AAUAACCAUAAUUUUGAAAUAUAAUUCUGUUCUAUGUAAAUUUAGAUUCAAAAGCUAAGAUCCUUAUAACAAAUCUUUUUCUUAAGUUGAAAAAAUCGAAAGCAAACGGAAUAUCCCGAUCUACAGGCAUGUCCACAUUUAGCACGUGCUAAUUCACUUAGCGUGAUCCUUAGCACGUUUACUAUAAAUUAAGAGAACACAAGCUGGGAAAAGCAGAAGCCUAUUACGUGUGGUUUGUGUAUAUCUCAAUCUGAAAAUCUCAGAUCAGAUUGCUAAAUUUUGUUCGUUGGUUUUUUUUUUUUUUAUUUUUUUUUUUGAAAAAAAUGCAUAUAAUGAGUUCACCAAUGUGCGACCAUUGCAAUAUGGGAAAAGCCGUUGUUUAUUGUAAGACACAUUUGGCUAGGAUUUGUUCUCAAUGUGACCGGAAGUUACACCACUAUGUGACUAUGGAUAGUCCCGAUCACUCGCGGCUUCUGUUGUGCGAAAAAUGCGUUUCGCAGGCCGCAGAUGUCCAGUGCCUUGAGCAAGGAUUGUGCCUAUGCCAAACAUGCGUUCCAAACGCCACCGUCACCUCACGUUUUCCUUUUUGUAAUGUUUCUAAUAAUCAUUCUGGUUAUAGUUUUCCACGAGAUCUCGAUCUUGAUUCUUUUUCCUCCUCUUUGUCAUCUUCUUUAACUGAUCUCAGUUGGGGAUAUCACUUUGUUCCAUUAUCUCCCAAAAAUGGGGACUCAUCAUCAUCUUCCUCUGUCAUUUUUCAAAAUUUUGAUAAUCAUACAAAGAAUAAUAGUGAUCAACGAGGGCAAAUGCUUCAGCCCGAUUAUAUGGACAAUUCUAAGGAUUUUUCAUAUUCAGGUUUGGAAGGUUACGAAACUAAAGAUAUAGAGAAUGUUUGGUUGAACAAUUUUGAUGACAACAAGGGAGUACUAUUAGACCAAAAAGAAUAUCUUUACAGGGAAGAAUUGAUCCUAACCGAUCAACUAAUCGAUGCAAUAAUGAAACACAAUGAUGAAAUCACAACCGAGGUUAUACAUACAGAUUACAACAUUGAAGCUUUGGGUAAUGCAAGUUGCGAAGAUUCCAACACGAAUCAAAUGAUUCAAUCAAAGGCAAAGGAGGAGACCAAUAAUAAUGUUGGAAUAUUAUUCCCUAACGCUCAUAUUCAUGAUGAGUGUCGACCAUCGCAGUUGAUUCUGACUGAUGUCGAUGAGAUGUUACCAUGGGAUGAUCAAUUACUUGAAUCUCCUAUAUACACACCCCAGUAUCGAUUAGAGGCAAAGAAGAGAUAUCUUGAAAAGAAAAAGAAACGCAAGUUUGGGAAGAAAAUUAGAUAUGAAUCUCGAAAGUCUUCAGCUGAUACGAAGAAACGACUGAAAGGAAGAUUUACAAAAGCUGAUGCAGAAUAUGAUUAUGACCCACGAGCCAAUAAUACUACCAAAGAGGUUUAUAAAACCAAGACCUAAUUAAAAAGUUGAUCAAAGAGGCUAAUAAACGAAGACCUAAUAAAAAGAUGCGUGCAACCAUAUGAUCGAUCAUCUUCGUUAUGGCUCCAUGAUGUGUUUAGACUCUCUUUUUUUAUUGCCCAGAAAAUUAGUUAUAGUACGACGACGUACGCUUUUUUUAAUUUUGAUAGAGAGGUCAAACACUUACAUUAUUAAAAGAGACUUUUUUUUGGCAGGGGGGAGCUUUUAUUAUUAUGGUAUUAAUGUUUUGAUAAACAAUAAUACAUUUCAAUUCUAGCUAGAGAACUUUUUUUCAACCUAAGUGUCCGUCCAUGUAUAUGUAAGGAAAAGGAAGGCUCGCUUUUGCCUCAGAGACUUUGA